AUGAAUAACUCUCUGUAUGCACCGGAUUCUAAUACUUACAACGUUCUAAUCGGAAUUGGUUUUGUUAUACAUUUUUUGAUGGUUGCUCAACUGAUCAUUUUGUGCCUUAUUUUCCCCUGUUUUGUGUAUUUAUUCAAGAUGAAUCGAGAACGGGAUAGUAAGACCAUACUUUUCCCAAUACUCUCAAAUUUCUACAAGGUUGUGAUAUUUUUUUACAUUCUAUUAACAAUUGGAGUUUCUGCAGCACUGUAUUUUCUAUACUAUUACAACGAUUUUGGGCCAUCAUUAAUUGAAGAAGGGAAUUCAGAUAUUACAACCAUUCCUCAAUUUCUAUUCAUCAUUUGUAUUCUUAUUUAUUCGCAAGUUUUAACAAUUCUAACCUAUCUAACAAUAACAUUUCAAUUGCUCGUAUCACUACUCGCGAUAUCGAAAUUUUUGAUUUAUUUUUAUCCGUCAACUGAACGUUACGUUGUGCUUUCCAAAUACAAAAUAUGGGCUUGCUAUUUAAUUUCGCUAUUCAGUUAUGAUAUAGAAGAGGUUUUCGAUUUGUUAAUUGGAUUUGAUAGUCCUAUUCUGACAGAGGAUAUUAUCCGGUUUCAUUCAAUCUUGCUUAUCGCCACGUCACUUUUGUAUAUUCCAAUUAUGCGUCACGUCCGGAAAUUUUCAUAUUUGCCGUCUUCUCAAAAAAAUAGACCGGAAAAGUAUAUUUUGUACCAAACAAUUACAGUCGCUGCAUUUAGAACGAUCUCAUUUAUGGUCGAAACGACGUGGAGUGUCCUAAUGGCCCCGACACAAAUCCAUGAGCAGAUGAACAUAGUCAAUUAUAUUGCGACGCCUAUAAUAAUUCAAAUAUCCUACUUGGCAAGCAAUCGACGAAACGUUGAUCUACUAUUCUCAUCAUUUGUUUUUUCUCAAUUUGUAAAAGUUAUACUAGGAGUGAAGACACCAUCACGUGUUAGCCCACAAGUAUUUGCUAUCGAUGUGACAGCAUAG